CGCGUCCUACUUGUAAAGCUCUACAGCAGGGCGAUUUUGCGCGUCCCCGUGACUCGCCAUAGAAAACAAAGCUGAACGUCUUCUUCCAUAACAGCGAGAGAAGAGAGAGAGAGGCUGCAGACUGGGGGAAUAUACGAGCUUAAUGUGGAUACAUCGUGCUUUAAUAUGGAUCUACAGUGGCUGUAGCAUCGUGUGGAGGAGACACCGAGCCUUCUUGGGCUGAGGGGGUGACGGCAGGACAAUUAGAUAAAAAAUAGCACCAGUGUGUUUUUUCUUCUUCUUCUCGGGGUGCUUUGUCUUGUCCAACCUAACGAGAGCAGAAAACCAUCAUUCCCAUUAACAUAUCCAGCUAGUGCCUGCUAGCUGCUGCCGGGAUGUAUCAUCAUGUUGUCACCUAGAAAGAACUGCUAUUGACUGUGGAUUUGUGAAGGAUAAAACAGUAAAAACCUUUCCCCCAUCGGGUUGUCACCGGGACCUGGAUCUGUCUGUGUUGAGCCACACAGUCGCAGGAACCCACCACUGUUUGUCGGCGCUAUGGCGGAGCAGGGCUACACAUCUUGGGCGUACUCCCUAGUUGACUCCAGCCAGGUGUCCACCUUCCUCAUAUCCAUCCUCCUCAUCGUCUAUGGCAGCUUCAGGUCAUUAAACAUGGAUUGUGAGAACCAGGAGAAGGAUAAAGACGGCAACCCCAUGCCAAAUGGGGCUUUCAAUAACAGCAACACAAACAACAGUGAGUGUUGCAUACCUGGUAUUCAGACUAUAGACUCCACACAGGCCCUGUUCCUGCCCAUAGGAGCCUCGGUGUCUCUGCUAGUCAUGUUCUUCUUCUUUGACUCGGUACAGGUGGUCUUUACCAUCUGCACUGCAGUUCUUGCAACAAUUGCGUUCGCAUUCCUCUUGUUGCCAAUGUGCCAGUAUCUGACCAGACCCUGCUCCCCACAGAACAAGAUUUCCUUUGGUUGCUGUGGGCGUUUCACUCUGGCUGAGCUCUUGUCCUUCUCCCUCUCUGUCCUGUUGGUGCUCAUCUGGGUGCUGACUGGACACUGGCUCCUCAUGGACGCUUUAGCCAUGGGCUUGUGCGUCGCCAUGAUCGCCUUCGUGCGGCUUCCCAGUCUGAAGGUGUCUUGCCUGCUGCUGUCAGGACUGCUCAUUUAUGACGUGUUCUGGGUGUUCUUCUCAGCCUACAUCUUCAAUAGUAAUGUGAUGGUCAAAGUUGCCACCCAACCUGCUGAAAAUCCCAUAGACGUUCUGUCCAGGAAGCUCCACUUGGGGCCGGGGAUGGGCCGUGACGUGCCCCGUCUCUCCUUACCUGGCAAACUGGUCUUUCCCAGCUCCACAGGAAGUCACUUCUCAAUGCUGGGAAUAGGCGACAUCGUGAUGCCGGGGCUGCUGUUAUGCUUCGUCCUGCGCUAUGACAACUACAAGAAGCAAGCGAAUGGGGAAGUCCCGUCGGCCGGACGCAUGCAGCGCGUCUCCUAUUUCCACUGCACUCUCAUCGGAUACUUUGUGGGUCUGCUGACCGCCACAGUGGCCUCCAGGAUCCAUCGUGCUGCUCAGCCCGCUCUGCUCUACCUGGUGCCCUUCACCCUGCUGCCUCUGCUCACUAUGGCCUACCUGAAGGGGGAUUUGCGGCGCAUGUGGUCCGAGCCCUUCCACACCAAGGCCAGCAGCUCCCGCUUCCUGGAGGUAUGAUGCACCCUGGGACAAACGACCAGUGCGGGGAGGACUGCGGAUCCUUUACCUUAAAUUAGAGGGAAGGAGAGAGAGGGGCGCACUCACAGUGAGGCCAUGUUGUCAUCACUUGUUCAUGCUUUCCGCCAAUCUUCUGUGAGAAAACCCUCAGAAGGACACCAGUGUGUGGAUCACAAACGCCCCAACACGACUCAUCUAUGGUCCCUACAUCCUCCCCGUUUCAUCUCCGUUUCCUCUUUUCUGUUUAUUUCCUCUUCAUUAUAGCACAUCCUGCCUAACGCUGUGUUUGUUCUGCCCCCCACCCCCCACAACCCCCCGCCUCUCUUUUUUUCCCUUUUCCUCUAUAGUUAGUUUGCCACUUCCCUCCCAUGGCUCGCUCCAUCCGUCAGGCCUCUUCUUUCUCUGCGUUUUUCCUUCUUUCUCUGCGUCUUUCAUUUUUCUCUGCAUCUCUGUUUUGACUCAGAUGAACUUCGAUGGGCCAGGCCUCCCCCCUUUUUGUGGACUUAGGGUUGUGAGCCAUGGCUGGGGUUUAUAUAUAUUUUUUUAGCAUUGUCGUGGUCAUUAUUAUUAAUAUUAUUAUUAUGGAACGAUUUAAACAAACGGAGAAGAGGCGGAGGAGUGUUGCAGUGGCACAGGACAGUGCUCGGGAGCAGCGACACAGUCAAGGAGAAGAGUCUUCCCCCUCCAUCCGUCUCCCUCUUCAUCCCCCACACCCCACCCCACCCCACCCUGCUUUCUUCAUCUGUCCCAUCAUCCCCACCACCAACGGCUCCUUCCCAGCACUCCCGACCUCCGGUGACACUCCCGUCGAGCCCCCACCCUCCUCCUCCUCUGUUCAUCUGCUGUCCCCAUUCCCCACCCUCACAGAUAACUAUGUAUUUUAUUUAGAAAAGUUUUAUUCUUGGCAUAUAAAGAAAUGAUGCAUUAUAAAUUGUUAAGCUGCCCCCGGCGUUUGAGGGGCCGCUUCUAUUUGUAUAUAUGUGUAUUUGCGGUAUCUUUUGAGUUUGUAUUUGUGUUGGGGAGCAUGUUGAAAUAGGGCGGGAAACUUGACGCCAGCCAACAGCCGAACUUUGGUGACCUUUGGCUGCCAGUUUGUGUCGAGUAAGACUGGUGGGGCAUCCAUCAUUUAGAGGUUUAUUUCUAAAGUUUGUUGGCUUGUGUGAUAGAAAACGUAGCUGAUGGAUCUUUUGGGAAGAAAAAAAAAAACAUCUGCAUCGGUGGCUGGUCGAUGAAUAGUUUCCUGCUCUAGUGUUAAAGUGUGUGUGUGUGCGUGUGUGUGUGUUUGGGAGAGCGAAACAGAUGAGUGAGUGGUUGUUUUACUCGGUUUUAAUUUGAAAUCAUGAAAAUGUUUAAAAAACAAAUGACAAUAGUCAGGUUUCCAUUGAGCUGGGCGUGUUGGAUCAAACGGUGUCGUAAACACAUGAUAAUGGAAACAGUUUGUGUCGAACUUGUAAAAAAAUCAACUCAACGGGGGGAGAUUUUCUGUUUAUGAGCCUUUCUGCAGACAGGUGGAAAUGUAAACAGUGUUUUUUUGGGGGUUUUUUCCAAAUAAAUGAAUGUUGAAUUAAUUUUAAAGGUAUGCUAUGUUACUUUUCAUCAUGAAACUACAUCAUGCUGGGUUUUGUACUGAAUUCCUUCCUAAAUUUACACGUAUUUAUGGCCAUGGAUGGAAACACUAAAAGCAUCUAUUUUAGACACAAAUGUCUUGAGCAUGAUGGGUUUUUAUACGUUUUGACAAAAGACAAGUCAGUGGGACAGCACAACAGCACAUCUCAUCUGAACUUCACCUCCGUCGAUGAAGACCUGACUAUUGUGACUCAAAACCUGGUGGAUACUGUGGUUGGUUAGAUUCAUGUGUAGUUACAGAUGAAGGCUUCUCCUGGUGGACGGUUAAGUGUAUGUGUGCGUAUGAGUGUGUCAUCAUCACAUAACAAAGUAUGUUUGGACCUAUAGGGAGGGGAGGAAAAUCAGCUAUGCCCUUCAGAAAUUGAAAAUUAGAAAGGAAAGCUAACCCAUAGGAUGUUCUUACUGUCACCAUUUGGUCCCUGACAGUCUGUUUUUUUUAUUGUCCUUCCACUUUUUCGUGGUGCUUGUCAGUUAAUAUCUAAUGUAUACUGGAAACCGUGUGAGUGAUCGCACGGCAGGAAGCCGGAGAGACGUACGGACGACGCAGUUUGCUGUUUUUUUUUUUUUUUUUACUUUUUUAUGCUAUCUGGCCGUGCAUGUUAAGUGUACAGUGUAUCAUUUCUCAGACUGCGCCGACAGGGCUACUGCAGUUUUGAGUCUCUGCUGGCCGAGGCGCUGUCUGGACCUCUGAGCUCGCCUACAAAGAGCAGCAGUCAGUGGGUGGGACAAAGGCUGCAGGUCAGAAAGACUGCGAUUGGUCAGCUCUGACUGAGGCUGAAUAUUAUGACCUGAACGCUGUCAGGUCGGGGACCUCCGGCCUGCCACUCAGUGCAGUCGUCUAAACUCGGACAUCAUGGAACUACAAGGCCCCUUCACCUCUUCAUGGACAUGGCAAGAAAAUAUAUAGAUUUAUAUACAUAUAUAUACAUAUAUAUGUGUGUAUAUGUACAUACAUAAAUAACUGAUGACGAUCAUGGUGAUAACAACAAAAAAAUGUUUUCUUUAUAUAUAUAUUUAUAUAUAUAUAUAUAUAUAUAUAUAUAGAAAAUGGAUUUCUUUCUACCCCCUUGUUUGUAUUUUUUCUUUAGUGCUUUUUUUUAAUUUUUCUUUCCACCUCUUCUCCCCUCCAGCAGAGGACUCCAGCUCUGUUGGUGCAUUGAUAUUACGGCUGAAUGGAUUCUGUAUAGAAAAAUGGUGAAUAAAUAAAUUAAGAACUGUGUAGUGAAACAUGAAUCCUGAAGCGCUUGAUCUAAAACACUUUGUCUCCUUUUAACCCCCGUCCCUCUGCCCUCUCCCCUUCUGUCCCCCCUCGUUCAGGAUUCUGCUGUAAAUAAACAUGACUCUAACUGUAA